AGCUAUAUAGUUAGUAGUAGCCGCGCCAUCCAUCAUAUCUCAGCUCGUAUCUCAGCUCGUUCAAAUUGUAUUUCUUGAGUCAACUUUGUGCUUGUUUCAACAUGGCAGAAGUCUCAGCUGUACGUCAAAAUUACCAUGGAGAAUGUGAAGCUGCCAUCAAUAAAACGAUAAACCACCAACUCACUUCAUCCUACAGCUAUUUAGCAAUGGCAUUCCACUUUGAUCGUGCAGAUGUUGCUCUGAAGGGUUUCCAGAAUUAUUUCGAAGCUAUGUCAGAUUCCAAGAGAAGCCACGCCAUGAUGCUCCUGAAAUACCAGAAUGAAAGAGGAGGUCGUAUCAAGCUGUCAGAUGUCUCUCAACCGUGCAAGGAUGACUGGGGUACUGGACAAGAAGCUAUGACUCGGAGUUUAGAAGCAGAGAAGGCUAGCAACCAAGGGUAUCUAGACUUAUACAAUCUAGCUGAGAAGUAUGGUGAUGAACAGCUUGGAGACUUUGUAGAGGAUAACUUCUUGGCAUCCCAGACAGAAUUGAUCAAGACAAUCGGAGACCACAUUUCAAACCUCUCGAAGGUUGGAGCAGGACUAGGAGAGUACCAGUUUGAUCAUCAUCUGGGCAAGAAAUAAUGCUAGCUAGACCAGGACUAGGUCUACAUCCAAUCCAGGACCAGUAGACUCUGCAUGAAAUCAUGUGGACCUAGAUCUAGAUAGAUAAGUACAG